AUGACCAUGAAGAAAAAUGGAGGUCGAGGGCGACCCAAGCGACAGCGGACGCCCACCACUUUGUAUUCCGAUGACAAUCCCUCUACAUUCACCACCAAGAAGAAACGAAACGGCAGUUUGGAAGAUUUGCCGUCAGAAGAAGAAAUUUCGUCCCCAAUAAAUGCAUUCGACGAACACGAACAAAACGAUGAUUCUUCUUCCUCUCCAAGACGACCUUCCCGGAGGAAAAAGGCAUACAACCGGCACUCCCUCGUCAGCACUACAUUUAGUCAGAAAGAGAGGGAUGCUGCCGCUAAGGAAGAGGACGAAAACGACCUUCCGGAGGUCAAACCGACACCUCGUCCGACGGGGGCAGGCCGAAAACGACGACGGCCUUCUGAUGCUUCUUCUGCUCCCAAACCGUCAUUAGACGAAAGUCCAAGUGAUCAUGGCCCUAUCAGUUCAAUAGAUAGCCCCUCACCGCCCCAAUUGAGCGCCUCUCCUGCUAGAACUUGCACUAUAAUCAGGCGAAAACCUGUGUCCGAAGGUACCUUUUUGAGCCACGCAGUCAAAGUCAUGCCGAUUUUACCAGCGGUCAUUUCAAUGAAUGCUUCCUCUAAGAUGCAGCAACAAUAUCCUAGGAUAUUUGGCAAUGGAUUAGGCAAGGAUUCCACCCUAGAAAAGACAGAUUGGACACCGCUGUACUCGCCAAAUGUCUAUUUCGAGGAUGACUACAAUUCCGAUGACAAUCGAGAACUCGAUCCCUCGAUUUUGCCAGUCACACGCUCCAUUACCUGCAUUUCCAUUUCGAAACCAGAUCAAGAGUACAUGGCAGUAGGAGAUGACGCUGGCUUUUGUAUAAUUUACAGUCUAGGAACGCAUAUACGCCCCAUUGCCCGCCUCGAGACUGUGGCCUGUCAACAACGAUCAAGAGACCAACAAAAACGCAUACGAGAACAAAUCAAGAACAGCAAGGGGAAGCUACGAUCUCUGAUAAAGGACACUAGUGAGACCUCGAUUCUUGCGAUUGGAAUGGUAGGGCUACGGGUGGUCAUUGCGACUUCUUGCGAAUUGGAGUGCAUGGAUAUUCCAUCCCAAUCAAGUCUGUGGGUGUGCCCACUCUCGGUGGACCGUAUUGUUACCUCUCUGGAUGUUCAUGUCGAAACCUUUGAUGUUUUGGUGAGCUGCGAUGUUGCGAAAUCAAAGAAUCGAGGACCCUCGCCCAUGGGUCAGGCUCCAACUUCACCGCUCAUGCUGUUGCAACACUCUCAAAGCAAUAUUGAAAUUUGCGAUGCGAAUUCACCCUUGUUGGUAAAGAGUCCGUGUUGUACAGCUAUUUGGGAUACCUCAGAGACUAUUGAACCACGAUUAUUGUUUGUGGCAGUGUCCAACACGGAUCAAGAACUCGAACUAGUGUUGGUGCAAGGAGGUUCGAUUGAUAACUGGAAGGUGGCCUGCAAAACUAGAAUACCGGUCAAAGCAUCGAAUCAUCAAACACGUCUCUGUCAAUCUGACAAAGGAACCUACACAUUGGUAGCAGGCUCUCGAGGAAUUCGCUUGUAUCAGACAGAAACUUUGCAACUCCUCAAUACCUAUGGAGAUCAACUUGCUUUGCACGGCAAAUCAGUAGUGUGGCAAGAUUGUUUGCUUCUCAAUUCCCGACAAUUUCACAAGCGAUUACAUUCAUGCAGUGGGGGCGAUCAAAUUUGCGAUGACUGGCUGGCCACGAAUGACAAUUCGGAAGACAGUGAUUUGGGGCCAUAUGUGGUGGGGAUUCCAAACGUCAAGGGUCCCAAGGAACUAUGCGAGGCCAUUCACGUUUGGAAGACGGAUCAAUCCAGAACAGUACCAACGCUAUCACUGCCUCUCCCCGCCAAAGCUGAAGGGGUCAAUGGGGUGCUCAAUGCUCCCGUCAUGGGACAGGAUCGAUUAGUUUUGGCCACCAGUGAUGGUUUUGGGCAUACCCUGCUGCCAAUGAUUAAGUCCAAUUUUGCAGGAAUCAUGUAUCCUCCCGGGUAUAACGUCAUUACUGACAAUCUAGAGUACAUUGAAAACGAAGAUGAGCUUGAUUUCUCAAACUCUUGGCCAUCCACGAAGGAGCGAAAAGAUGACAUGGAACUGGAAGAGUUGGAGGAAAUAGAUGACGACUUGCGAGAAGCAAUGAGACAGAGUCUGUUGGAUCAAGUCAUUCAGGACACAGAAGAUGCCGAAGUGAAUAUUUUAGAUGCCACCAGCGCCGACGUGGAGUUUCCGGUAGUUGUUCCUUGUCGACCAGAGUCGUACUUGCGACAGGAAAUCAACAAAUCCAAGAGAGAUGACAGCGCAGGUGAUUCAGAUGAAAUAUAUACAGAACCAACUCCUGGUGGAAAUCCGGUUUCCAAUUCGGCGCCAUUGUUCAUUGACAAGAUUUUGAGUCGCAUGCCAAAUGUCUACAAGAAGAAGGAACUCAGCGAAGAUGGUAUUACGGUGUCGGUAACCAAGAUUAUUGUUGCUACUACCAACCCAGCGGCCAAUAGACCUGGACGUGGCAAACGAUCGCGAGCAGGCAACUUGGAAGCCAUGCUCAAGUCUUCGAUCAAUCCUCGAUUGCAAAAAUACAUGAUCUCCCGAGAGAAUACUUGGGCCGAUGGGUCGGGUAGCAUGCGUUCCAACGACCUUGAGAUGGAAAAGUCGCAAAGUGUAGUAAUAAGUCCAGAAGUUGGAACUGAGGACGUUGAGGAUGCUGAAGUGGCUCUCAAUACGGAAACAAACGGUACCGAGAACACAGUGUCUGUGGAAGUUGUGCAGAAGGCAACUGAAGAGAAUGGCUUUCAGCGAAGCAAGGAUGGGCCCAAGUCGUCGCUCACAACUUUGGGUGGCAUUCGAUCCGACGAAACCGCAGUUGCGUUGAGAUUGCUGGGCCUCAGCCCUUGCAGUUCUGGAGCGAUAUCACCAGCUAACACCGCAUCAGAACCGGCUUCUCGUUGUUCCCCAUUGAAUACAGGUUCCGCUGUAACAUCUGACACAGCUUCCGAUACUGGCGCAAGGAGUUAUUCUUUAGAUCUGACAUUUCAAACAAAACGCGACCCCAAUUGUUUCGCAUGCCGAGGAAGGCACGUCCUUCACACUUGUGGACAACGUUCUCUUCCAAUCGAUUACGAUCAAGUUGCAAAGGCUGAAAGAGAGAAAAAGGAGAAAGAAGAAGAAGCUAAAAAAAAGGUCCGAGCAGAGAAGCGUCGUCAGGCCGAUGCACGAAGGCGAGAAGCCCGAAAGGUCAAACAGCGUGAGAUUGAGGAGCGCAGGAUACGCGAAGAAGAGGCAGAGCGAUUGAGAAAUGAUGAGUUGACUGUGAACCAAACGGCGUUUGCCCGGCCACAAGCAAAUACUCUAAUCUCCAUGGAAGAACAGUAUCAUGUGCCUGUGAUAGGUGCAGCUGAAGCGACUCCUUUGCAGACAUACUCACAGCCGCAAGGGCUUGCUGCACCAACUUUCGAGCAGCCUACAGCAAUCACACCCGCACUUGGAUCGAGAACCCAGGAUGAAGGAAGCCUAAUACAAUCAAUUCUACAAAAUGUAGCUGGAAACGGUAGGGCGUCCACUUUUCUGCAAGCCCUUCAAGGACAGGCGCAUGCGAACUUAUUGAAUUCGGUUCAAGCUGCCGCAGCUUUGCAAUAUUCACAGGCGCAAGCUGCAACACGUGAUCUCGAGUCAAGACUCUCGACCAGCCUGAGUUCAAGGAAUCCUGAAGGGGGGCUUGCUUUGCUGCAAGUUUUACAAGCGCAACAAUCACAAACUUCUCCAGUGGCUUCUGCACCAACCUUCCCACAACCUGAAAAUCAUACUGACUCUGGUUCAGCUCAGCCUGCUACGCAAAAUGGAACUGGGAACGAAGGGGCAUUGAGUUUUCUGCAAUCCAUACAAGAGCAAAGGCAAGCCUUGCAAUCGAUGGAAGACAAAUCAGAAGCCGAGUCAGCGCAGACAGCUCCUACAUCCGCGUUCUCGCAAUUUGCCACACUUGCAGUUGAGGCAGGAACUCCAUCCAAUCUUGCCACAGAGGCUCGCCCCGGUCCAACCUUGAUUCAAUCUACGGCCCGACCUCCAACUAACCCUGCACCAGCCCCUUCACCACGGACUUCUCAGAUUUCCAGAAAAGAGUCUACUGGAACGUUGGUUUCUGCUGACGCUUUGGUGGCCCUCGCAAACUUUGCAUCAAGUUCGUCAUCCAGUGAUGUGGCUGGAAAUCAAGAGACCGAAACCCAAGCCCCCCCAGCCACUGAAGACGCAAAGAGUAAGGCUUCACACGGCUUUGGUGCUGGGGUACCGUCAAUCUCGGAAACAAGCAAAAUUCCAACGUUUGCAAGUUUGCAAUCAGGUGGUGGUUCAAAUUCGGCCGCGCAUCCGACAGCAGAGUCCAACCAAGUUGGUGCAGCUGCUUCACUUCAUGGAAAUCUUCAAACUGGCGGCUUCGUGUGGCCACCUGUAUCCGAGCGGUACACAGGAAAUUAUUGA